GUUGCCAUUGAACAUGCGCAAACCAAAACAAGAGAAAAAAAGUAAAUACAUAAACAAAUAAAUAAAUAAAUGUCACCUUGUUCUAUGUGUUGACGUGUAAAUAUUAUUAAUUAAUAAAAUAAUAACAACAAUCAAUAUAUUUAAAUAAACUUGAUAGACUUAUAAUAAACAAUGGUAUUAGAAAUUUGUAUAGAUUCAAUUGAAUCAGUUAAAAAUGCUGUAAAUGGUGGAGCAAAUCGUUUAGAAAUAUGUUCAUCAUUGUCUGAAGGUGGUCUAACUCCAACACUUGGGCUAAUUAAUUUUACAAAACAAUACACAAACAUACCAAUUUAUUCAAUGAUAAGAAUAAGAUCAGGUAAUUUUAAUUAUACACAAGAAGAAAUAGAUGCAAUGAUUUACGAUUUAAAAUUAUUAAAAAAUCAUAAUGUCGAUGGUUUUGUAUUUGGUGCACUUGAUGAAAAUAAUAAAAUACAAAAAGAAUUUUGUCAUAAAAUAAUUGAAGCAGCAAGACCAAAACCUGUUACAUUUCAUCGUGCAUUUGAUGAAGUUGAUGAGCCAUUUAUUGCAUUGAAUGAAAUAAUAAAUCUUGGCUUUGAGAGAAUAUUAACAUCAGGAAAAAAAAAUACAGCAAUUGAAGGUAUUGAAUUGAUUAAACAACUUGUUGAAAAAGCUGAUGAUAAAAUUAUCAUUAUGCCGGGUAGUGGUAUCACUUGUGAUAAUAUAUCACUAAUUAAAAAUUCAACUGGAGCCAAAGAGUUUCAUGCAUCAGCUAAAGUAUCAGUUGAUAAUAAAAAUACUAAAAAUAACAUAAAAAUUGGUGAUAAUAUUGAUAAAUCAAUUAUGAUAACUAGUGAAAAAAUUGUUAAACAAAUUAUUGACAUAAUAAAUAAUACAUAAAAUGUAAUAAUUUAAUGUACAUACUGAUAAUUAUAAUAUAAAUAAAUUAUUUUUAAAUAAUUAAGAUAACGUAAAGACGUAAUGUUGUCUUGCUUAAACAUUUUAAAAAAUAAUUUUCAUUUAAAUAAUAACAGUCGAAUAAAGAGGUUUUUUUUUUUAAAUGCAAGAUUAAUUAUUCAUUAAAGAUAAUAAUUAACUUAAUGACGUUUUUUUUUUUUUAUGUCUGUAUGUAUUUGUACUAUGCUCUUUUGAUAACAUAAAAAAAAUAUUGGCUACGUGAACGACCUUUUUAAUAAUAGCCAGACAGUUGCAAUUAAAUACUUAAAGACAAUGGGACGAGCAGAUAUUAUUUCUGGUUUUUCUGAAGAAAAUGAAAUUGCUUCAAUAAAGAAUGGUGGAAAAAUUGUGUUUGCGACUGAUGAUUGGUUUGCUGUUGCUGAAAAUCUUUUAAAGGACGAAGAGCCAGAAUGGAAAGAAGGUGUAUUUACUGAAUUUGGAAAAUGGAUGGAUGGUUGGGAAACAAGAAGAAAAAGAUGUGCUGGUCAUGAUUGGUCAAUAAUAUCUUUAAAUAAAAUAUCAAUAAUUACAGGAUUUUGCAUUGAUACAGCAUAUUUUACUGGAAAUUAUGUACCAAGAAUAUCAAUUCAAGCUGCUUUACUUAAAGAAGAAGAAAUAAAAUUAUUUCCUGAACGUUCCAGUAAAGCUGGAACAGCAGCAUCUGAAAAAGAAUUUGAAAAAAUAUCACGUCUUAAAAGUGAGAAAUGGAAAACAAUUGUACCAAUGAUGGAAUUAGGUGCUGGUUAUCCAGAAACAAGAAAAAAUUAUAUUUCCAUUAAUUCAAAUGAAUCAUGGAAUUAUUUACGUUUAAAUAUUUAUCCUGAUGGUGGAAUAGCACGUUUAAGAGUUUUUGGUAUAAAUAAAAUAGAUAAAUUAAUGCCAAUAUGUCAAGGAGAAAGUAUUGAUCUUAUUGCUAGUGUUAAUGGUGGUAUUUGUGAAAAAUUUAGUAAUGCUCAUUAUGGACAUCCAGAAAAUAUUAUUAGAAUUAGUAAAGGUCUUAAUAUGGGUGACGGUUGGGAAACUGCUAGAAGACUUGAUAGACCACCAAUUAUUCAAGUUGAUAGUAAUGGAAUUAUUCAGGUGCCUGGUUGUGAAUGGUCUAUAUUUCGUCUUGGAAGUGUUGGUAGAAUUGAAACAAUCAUCAUUGAUACAACACAUUUCAAGGGUAAUUUUCCAGACAAUGCCAAGGUUGAAGGAACACUUUGUUUAUCUGAAACAGCACAAUAUAAAAAUCAACAACUGUGGCGAACAAUAUUGUCAACUAAAAAAUUAUCUGCAAAUAAACCACACGUUUAUGAGCUGAAAGAUUUGGAUUGGUUUGGCCCAGUGAGCCACGUCAGACUUACAAUAGCUCCGGAUGGUGGAAUUUCAAGAUUUCGAAUAUUUGGAUAUAAACAAUUUUAAUAAAUAAAAGUUUGUUAAAUUAUGUGUAAAAAAAAAUCUAAAUAUAAUAAAAUAUUAUUAUCUACAUGACUUUCAAAUGAUGUUGCUGAAAUAUUGUUACAGUUGGUAAUGCUGUUGUAAAAUUUCAAUGCAGCAAUUGCAUUAUAGUGGGGCAUCUUGAGAUGCAACCAGAUUUUGAAAAAAAAAAAAUAACAGGUAGGUAAUGCCCGAGGGAAAGAGCGAGAGAAAGAGAGAAAGAAAGGGGCCUUAUGCGAUGAAAAAAAAAUAAAAAAAAUAAUACAAAACAGGUUGAUGGUAUACAGUCAGUGUAUGUGUAAAUAAAUUAAGUGGGACUUGUAUACAUUGCAGAAUUAAAUUGAAGAUACAAAUCAUCUGAAAGUGCAGUGUGAACAUUGUUUUAAAUAUAAAUAAAUUAAUAAAACAAUAUAUAUAUUAUAAAGUGUGUUUAUAUAUAUUAAAAUUAAUUUCAAAAUUUCUCAUUAAAGCUGUUAAUGAGAAACCCCGUAAGACGCUGUUGUAAAAGUCGAACGGAUGUGUCCAGU